AUGAGCAAGGCGAUUGCGGUUCAUGUCGCUAUAGAACGGUCUUUCGAUGCGUUCUUGAAACGUUGCGUCGAUGACGGCAUCACCAUUGGGUCCGAGGCCUGCGUGCCGCCCGCGUUCCUCGGGCCGCUCCCGGUCAACGCGCGCUACGUGCUCAUCCUGCGGGACCCGCGCGCCGUUGUCGUCAGCUGGGCUCAUUACAACGAACGUGUCAACCUGACGUCGCAAGGGAAAGCCUCCGAGGACUACAUAAUCGAAACGGUGCCGAAGUGCGCCGCGCUCGUGUCGCUCCGCUACUACUGGCACGACGAGUUGGUCCGGCGGACGCACCCGAGCCUGAUUUUGUUCUACGAGGAUCUCGCCGCGAACCCCGUCGACGAGUACUACCGGCUCGCGUCGUUCCUGGGGGUCAGCCUCGAGCCCGACGUCAUGCUCGGCGUCAUCCACCGGACGUCGGCCGCGUCCAUGAAGAAGGACGAGCAGCACCACCGGCUCCCGGGCCCGAACCGACCCGGCACCCCGCGAGCGAAAGUGCGGUCCGCGACGCCCGACGCCUUCCGCGAGGAAGUUUCAGCCCGAGCCUGGGCCAACGCGACGGCGGCGAUGGCGCCGCUCCUCCACCCGGCGCUGCGGAUGAAGUGGCUCUACAACGACCUCGAUGUGAAGUACGUGAGCGAGGGCCAGUGGAGCGAGGUGUCGCAUUUCGUGGACCGCAACGCCGUGCUCUUCGGCGGUAGCAGCACGGAGAAGGAGCACGGCGAGGGCGAGUACGCGCUCUACGUGCAGUUCCGGCGCCGGAGCGGGAUCAUCCCAUGGCUGGACAAGGCCGAUAUCGCCGUCGUGACGAUGCCGCUCGGCCUCACGUUCGGCGGCGACGGGAAGAAGGCGACGACGCUCGCGAAGAAGGCCCGCGAGGCGCUCGCGCUCGUCGGCUUGACCGUGGCCGACGUGCUCUUCUACGCGCGCGACGGCGGCGAGGCGGCGGUGGGAAACGUGCUGCGCGAGAUGGGGAAGGAGGAGCUGGAAAAGAAGGCGGAAGAGGUACGGGACCCCUGGCCAAGUCUCUAUUUUCUAGGAUUUUUUGAACACGGCACCUAUUCUAUGCCGGGCGACGGACAAAAGAAUCGACGCGUUUAA